AUGGCGACUACUGCUGACCACGACCCCUUGCGCCACCCGGCUUCAACACAAACGGCGAGCGGUGGUAAAAUUCGUGCUCGAAGGGCGACCAGAAUCUCUGAUUUCUUCAAACCUGACCGCCCUUCAAAGCGCGAUCCUAUUUCUGGGACGUCUUUUCUGGACCUGCCAGCACAUAUCCGCGACAGGAUCUGUGAAGAAGCAGGUGUUGGUGGCGACGAGUUUAUCGACCUGAAUCUUUGGACGGCCAAAGACUUAUGUUUUUGUCGGAAUGAAGAUGCCGGGCAGCCACCCAAUGUUGACGAUUGGACGGAGCUUCAGUGGCGUGGGCCACCCUUUGCAUGGUGCUGUCGAUGCAGCCAAACACCCUUUCCUGCCGCACUUCUGUGGGCAGGUUCUCACCUCAUCCAUGAUGAGGUCCAGGCCAAAAUAUACUCGGAGAAUGUCUUUGCAGUGAGCUUAGCGGGUAACCAGGGCCUGCGACCAUUGGAGAUGCUUAGCGACACAGGUCUCAGAGAGCUCAGGGUCCUCUACAUAAGCAUAUGUCCUUGCAAGUGUCUUACUCCUUACUGCCAGAAGCCAGAUAUGGAGGACUUCGAUGACCGGUCAGAACGGUGGGAAUUCUGGGAUUCUACGCAAAUCCUUGUCGACAAUGCCCCGCAUAGCAGACCUCUUGGUUGUAUCAGUUGGACUGACAAAAGAGCUUUAAGUCAAUGGCAAAGAAUCUGUGCCCGCUUGAGAGAGAAUUCUCGACCCCAUCAACUUAGUCUCUACUUGGCGGCCAAUGUUGCUGAUCCACAAACUGCGAUGCGUAUCCUCGAUCCUCUCGACGGCUUGCCGAUAUUGAAAAACUUGGGCAUCAAUCUCGGUCAUCAUCUCAAGGGCUUUCAGGAGUUUGAGCCCAAGUCUUUUGUACGCCAGGUUGUGCAAAGGUUAACAGAUACAAUACCAGACAAGCAGUUCCCUUUCUUGGCCUUGCCACUUGAGCUACAAAUCAAAAUUAUACAACAAACCAAAAUGGCUCACUACAGAGGUAACAGCGUGCACUGGCGUGCAUCUUGGCCUCACUGGCCCCUGAAUUACUGGCAAACCUGCGAUGGCAAGGAACAUGCAGACCGGUAUUACACCACGGAGUCCGGGGAUGUGGGCAUUGUGGACGAUGCGUCAAGAGACCUUGAUCCCUUGGUUCGCAGAACUGCUUUUUGCUUUCUGGAGAAAUCCGCUGCCUUCAACAAUCGCUGCCAGUGCACCCCUCCUGGCACGCUUUUCCGAGUAAGCAAAGCCUUCUCGGUCGCCGCACAGGCGGUAUUCUUCACAGAAAAUAUGUUUUGUCUUCAUUACACAGGCUCCUCUCUGGAUCAAGUUGCCUCUGGUCAGGAUAAUAUCUAUCCGCUGGCCCUGCCGUCAUUUCUUCACUUUCUCCCCCACAAGUAUAUCCCGAGUCUGAGAAAUCUCCGCGUAAUCCUUCCUCCAUGUACACCGGACUACCUCGCGCCGGGUCAGUCUGACUGGGACGAAUGGGUAUGGUCCAUUGGGCUCCUGGAACAGUUGGCGGACUUGACGCGUCUGAAGCUCGAGAUUCACUUCAGUGCUCGGGAUGUAGACCCAUACUAUGGUGAUGGCUAUGGCGAUGGGGGCCCAGAGCAGCGUCAGAUAAUUGCCGACUUUCGUCGUGCGCGCAUCCAUGGGGAUGCGAAAGCCGAGAAGGCUAUGUUGGAUGCGUACAAGCGGAUACUUGGUCCCAUGAAACGUCUGGGACCUGAACUUCGUGCUUUACUGAUAUAUGUGUCCUGGCCGUUGUGUGAUUUGUCAAGAGAGCAACGAAAGGCGGACGAAAGAAUGCUCGAAAGGAUGAUCAUGGGUCAAGAAUACGAUUCGGCCAAGUUUGGGAAGCGUGACAGCAGCCCGUAUAGCCAACCCAGGGACUAUCCCUCCCCGUAUUAA